CUUCCCGUAAUCGUAAGUAUCACACAAAAUUUAUAGGAGCGCCAGGCAAAAUCGUAUAAAUUUCAAGGCAGAUUCACAAUUAUUAUAGAGGAAAAGGAAAAACAAUUUAUAUCGUUAGAAAUUUAAACACCGUUUCGUAAUUAGGCUUAUAUUUAUUACUUCCUAAACUUUCCCACUUCCUUUUAAAGAAACGGCGCGUUGCGGCGGCUCUCUUAGUGCCGGGUCUUUUUUUUUAGGAACAAUCAUCUCCAAGCUUGUAAUUCCACACUCCCAAUUCCCAAAGAUUGUGUCUGUGCAGGUGGCAAACUAAGCUGCCAACAUUUUAUCAGUCAGGGCAAAUCUGCUAUUUUGUUGAUGUUGACAUGGCUGCAACAAAGCCUCGGUUAAGUAGCUUCUCUCGCAACUUGUCAGCGGCACCAUCUUCACAAAACCCUGGAGUCAAGUGUGGUCCUAAUGGCAUUGUAUUUGUCUCAUCUGGAAUACCUGAUCUUGACAAGAUACUAGGCGGUGGGUUUCCACUGGGAAGUUUAGUGAUGGUGCUGGAAGAUGCUGAAGCGCCUCACCACAUGCUUUUGCUGAGGAAUUUUAUGUCUCAAGGACUUGUUCAUAAUCAACCACUUCUGUAUGCCAGUCCAUCCAAGGACCCCAGGGCAUUUUUGGGUACUUUGCCUGGUCCAUCCACAAUCAAAGAUGACAAACCUCAUGUUAGUGAUCCAGAACAGGAGAAGGGAUUGAGGAUUGCUUGGCAGUAUAAGAAGUAUAUGCCUGAAAAUCAGUCAAGCUUUGAUAGUCACAGAGAUAACAAGCAAGUGUACUGCAAUGAAUUUGACUUGCGAAAGCCUCUAGAGAGGCACUAUCUUAGUAGCCAGCGUGCAGAUUGUGUCAGCAUCCAAGAUUCUACAAAACUUAUUGCUCUAAAGGAUCGUUGUGCCACAUUCUUAGCUCAAUUUCCAAGAAAUGAUGCCGGCAGUUCAUCCCCAGCUCGUAUUGCCAUUCAGUCAUUCUGUGCUCCACAAUGUGCACAUUCCAACAUGGAAUGGGACAUGCUUUCCUUUAUUAAAUCUCUGAAAGGAAUGAUUCGGUGUUCAAAUGCAGUAGCAAUUAUAACCUUUCCACCAUCCCUUCUUUCACCAUCCUCCUCAAAAAGAUGGCAGCACUUGGCAGACAUAUUGCUUUCUGUAGGAGCUAUCAGGGAUGAGGACAAGGAAUUGGCAACACUCCUAGCUGGUUACCAAGACAUGGUUGGCCUUCUUAAUAUACACAAAGUGGCCCGCAUAAAUACGCAGGUUCCUGUGAUUCUUGAUGCGACAACAUUCUCAAUAAAGUUGCAUAAGCGUAGGUUCUUGGUUUUAGAAUGUCUAAAUCAAGCCCCGGUUGAUGGUUCAAGUGGGAGUUCAUAUGGCACAUCCAGUAGUUGUUCUGGGGCCUCCAAGACUGGAACUCUUGAUUUUUAGUUGUCCAACCGAAAUUUGUUGCUGAUGAUCAUUUACUGCCUUGGAGCCAAAUUGAGAUCCAAUGGCAAGUUUGAUGGUGUUGGUAUUUGCUGCCAGAAUUAUUCCAGUUUCUUCUUUGGUAACAACCGUGGCUCGGCCAUUGGAUCAUCAGGAAGAUAUGUCAUCAACUGGGGUCUAACCUAGAAUAGAGGAAACAGAAUCAGUUUUUGCUGCAAGAUUAUUAUUUAUCUAUUAAUUUUGCGUUAAACCAUCUUCCUAUAUAGAUAAUUGAAGGUGGCAUGACAGAACACUGAAAAAGGUGUUUAAAAGUAAAAAACAUUGACCUAUUGAUUGUAAUUGGUAGAUGUUUCUUAUUUGAGUUCUUUACCAGUAAUAAUUGAAAUAUGAAAUUAUAGGCUGUAGCUUGAAUAUUGGAUUCAAAGGCUGACGUUUUAAUGGUGUUGCAAUA